CGGGAUUUCGAUUUCCGUUAGCGAUUACCGGAAUUACCUUUACGUGAACGCGAUCAAGCAUUUUCGAAAGCGAUCCAUCUCACAUCCAAAAUGACAAAAUAAUCCACGCGUCUUUGAAAUUGGCGAUCAUCUAUUGGUCAAUGACAAAUUCGAGACGGGUUUCUUGAACCCCGGGCGUACCGUUAUUGACCCACUAACUGACAGAAGUCUGCCAAACGCAUCCAGUCAACCUUCACGCGGGUUCGUCUUCGCAACCACGAGGCGAAGAACAAGAAGCCGCAGUCACCUGCGAACAGUUCGUCGCGCGAGGAGUAUCGACAUCAAUUCCGCAUAUUGAUAUUCGACGCGUAUCUCUUUCCACGAUCAAGGUCAUCGGAGAAGAAAAUGUUGCGGAUAUUUAUAUUCGUUAUCAUCGCGAACGCAGCGAUUGCCCAGGUGCCGUUCUUGGGUACGUGUCCAAACUUGGAGCCAGCGCAACAUUUGGAACUUGAUAAAUAUUUGGGGAAGUGGUACGAAGUCGAGAGAUACUUUGCGUGGUUCGAGUUUAGUGGAAAAUGUGUGACAGCUAAUUACAGUCUGAACGAUAAUGGCACGGUGAAGAUCGUUAAUAAGCAAAUUUCGUCAUUAACCGGAGUAGCAACGGGUAUCGAGGGUAUUGGAAGGUUAAUUGACAGAUCCGAUGAUUCUAAAUUGACCAUCACUUUUCCAUCCUUGCCAUUACCAUUCGAUGCGCCUUAUUGGAUUCUAGACACAGACUACGAAUCAUACGCUGUAGUAUGGAGCUGCACAAAUCUCGGAGUGUUCAACGUACGAAACGUUUGGAUUUUAACGCGAGAACCAAAGCCGCCAGUUGCAGUUUUAGAGAAAGCUUAUCAAGUUAUCGAUAAAAACAACAUCAGCAGAGCAUACUUUAUUCGCACAGAUCAGAAAAAUUGUCCGGCUUCGUAUUAAGAACGAUCUACAAGUAUCUCCACGGAAAUAUGUUCGGUAAAAAAUAAACUUUUCUCGCGACGAGUCUUUGAAUUACGGAUUAGAAUAUCUAUCGCCAGCAGCGUUAUUAAGAUGCAGACUUCGAUCAUGAUUAUGUUAGGCAUUUUAUUAUUUGUAUUUGCCAAUGUUCUUGAAUUAAUAUAAUUGAUACAAAACAUCUAUGCUGCACUCGAAGUAAAAAAUACUACGUAGCUGUAGUGCUUUAUACUUAAAAUUGUUUUCCAUAUCUGUGAUUCUUAACGCAAUAUGUGUGAAAAAUUAAACUUAGUUUUUUUAUAAUAAAGUUUAAGAAAUUUUACUAUAAA